AUGCAAGAAGACGGCAAGGCAAGCAAACGCGACCAAGUGUUUGACUUGGAAAAGUACGUUGGAAAGAACGUGAAAAUAUCGUUCUUUGGAGGUAUACAGGUGGCUGGGAAGUUGCUGGGGUACGAUCAGCUGCUGAAUCUUGUUCUAGAGAACGCAAGAAUGGUGGCUUUUAUGAACCCAGAGGAAGAAGAGAGUCUUGCUGGCCUAUUCUCAGAGCCGCCCUCUAGCAUGAUGUGCAAAGGAGUGUCCAUCUGCUCAAUAGAUCUUCUGUCAGAGCCUGAAAAGUCAGAACAGUUUCCAUACUCUGAUAACGCAUACUAUACUAUAUCUCAAUAA